GGAAGAACACUGCAUGAUUCUAGAAGGAGCAUUUCCAGGUGGAAUCCGUGAUGGACAGGGAGUCUGACACAGCCUUGGCCACCAUGGCUGGGUCUAUGAGGAUCUCUGACACCAGCGGUCAUCCGCACAGCACAAACCAGGAGGAGGACUGUUUCUAUGACUGCGAGGAGUCGUUCCAUGAAGACGACACAUCACAGGACAAACGGACUGAGAGUGUUAAUGUAGACCAGGAGGUGGAGGAGGGAAUGAACAAAGACUUAGAAACAGCGAGACUGAAAACAGCAGAUGAGCAAAUGGACAAACCAGAUACAAAUGAUGUCUCAAAAGAGCAUUCUCAGUCAUGUGAAGAGAAAACUACUGACAGGAAAGAUGACACACUGGGUGAACACGGCAGACUUGGGGAUGGACAGAGUGCAGAAGACCAGAAAUGGGAGGAAGAGUUUAUUGAGGAAGAUGAGAAUAAGAUGGACUCUGACUCAGAGUUGAAGGAGGAGGUGGUGACGGAGGCAGCUGAAUUUGAUGAUGAGUACCUACAGGAGCUAGAGAAAGAUCUCACAGAAGAGGAGAAGGAGAGCAGGAAAGCAGAGAGCAUGGCACUAAAGGAGACAGGGAAUGGCCAGUUCAAACGAGGAGAGCAUGCUGAGGCAGAGGAGUCUUACACUGCCGCCCUGAGGAUCUGUCCUGUGUGCUAUAAGAAAGAGAGGUCUAUCCUCUUCUCCAACCGGGCAGCAGCACGCUUACACCAGGAUAAGAAGGAAACAGCCAUCAGUGACUGCUCUAAAGCCAUUGAACUGAAUCCAAACUACGUGCGUGCCAUCCUACGGCGGGCUGAGCUUUAUGAAAAAACAGAGAAGUUGGAUGAAGCACUGGAGGACUAUAAAACUGUGCUGGAGAAAGAUCCAAGUAUUUCAUUAGCAAGGGAGGCAUGUGUGAGACUGCCGCCGCAGAUCGAGGAACGAAACGAGAAGUUGAAAGAAGAGAUGAUGAGUAAACUGAAAGAUUUGGGGAACAUGAUCCUACGACCUUUUGGCCUCUCCACCGCAAACUUCCAGGUCAACCAGGACACCGACACAGGCUCCUACUCCAUUAACUUUGUUCAGAAUCCCAACAACAACAACAGAUAGCAGCCUCAGAGUUCUGUCCAUGCAAGACACUAAAGCACUCAUCCUUCUACAGACUGUCAUCUGCCACACAUCAAAGCGAGUCACAUACAGCACAGUAAAGACUCAUACUAAAAUGCAAAUGUCUGCAAAUAACGCGGUCAGGCUAGUCUACCCACGUGGAUGUUAAACUGACUGUCAGAAUAGUCAUACCCACCCAAGGAAUGUUUUCACGUGUUUGCUCAUUAAACCAUCAUGUUUUGUUUCCUAAAUGCUUGUUGUUUUGUUAAAAGACAUGCUACAUAAAACGAUAUAUUAAAAACUGUAUCAUGAA